UUUGUUUUCGAAGAAAGCUGUCUCGUUGUUGUUAAUUUAAAAUCGACCAAUUUUGCUUUUUCUUCAUUCCUCAUUAACGAGGAUCUGCCUUUCGCACGUGCUUAGCGCACCGAGUUUUUAAUGGAUAUGAUGGAGCUUGACACGGACGGCAGUCCCCAGGAGGACGAUCUUCUCGGUAUCGGCUUCGACACUGUCCUCAAAGCGUCGUCUAAAUCUUUGGCCCCCACCGUGAGCGACGAGGCCCUUAACACUUUAAACGAGCUGCGCGAAGCAAAUCUUUUGUGCGAUGCGCAGAUCACUGUGGAAGAGUAUGCCUUCAACGUUCAUCGUGCAAUAAUGUGUUCAUGCAGCUCUUAUUUUCGUGCACAGUUUACAGGGUUUAAUUCCAUCGGCCGGGAAGACGGAAUUGGUGCAGCUGCCCCGCAGGGAAAUCACGUUAUUCACAUCCCCGGCAUCAGUGCAGGCAUAAUGAACUGUGUAAUCCAGUACGCAUACCUACGUAAAACUAACAUCUGCGAAGAUAAUGUGCACGAGCUUCUUAUCUGUGCGGACUAUGUUGGUAUGGUGGGACUGGUUAAACAGUGUAAGGAUUACCUCAGCCGCAACCUAACUCCGGAAAACUGUGUUAGUGUCAUGGGAUUCGCCCGUUUUCGGUUUCUUGAGGACCUGCACAUGCAAGCACGCAACUACACGCUACGAUAUUUCACGGAAGUCGCAGCGCGCAAUACAGACAUCCUCGAUAUGAAUGUUAAGGACUUUUACAGUAUAAUUAGCGAUGAUGAGCUUAACACGCGUGAGGAAGACCAUGUGUGGAAAUUGUGCGUUAAGUGGAUUGAGAAGAAUCCAGAGAACAGAAAGCAAUAUGUCGCACACCUAAUGUCCGGAGUUCGGCUGGGUUUAAUGACUCCAAAGUGCUUUAUGGAAGAGGUCAAGGAGCACCCGUACGUGAUUCAAUGUGAGGCUGCUAAGCCGCUAAUAGUGGAUACUUUUAAAUUUAUGUAUGACCUAGAUUUUUUGAACCCACAGGCAGAUGAGCUUACCACGCCUCCACUUGCUAUGCCGCGGCUGCCGCACGAAGUUAUCUUCGCGAUUGGUGGAUGGAGCGGAGGAACGUCAAAAGGUUGCAUCGAGACGUAUGACACACGGGCCGAUCGCUGGGUAAACAUCAACGCUGAAGACCCUGCCGGUCCCCGCGCCUAUCACGGCACAGCUGUGCUUGGUUUCAAAAUUUUCUCCAUUGGUGGCUACGACGGCGUGGAGUAUUUUAACACUUGCCGCGUUUUUGAUGCCGAAAAAAAAUGGAGUGAAAUAGCACCGAUGCACUGUCGACGAUGCUACGUGAGUGUGACGGAGCUGAAUGGUAUGAUCUAUGCUAUCGGAGGAUACGACGGCCACAACCGACUGAACACCGUUGAACGGUAUAACCCAAGGACCAAUCAGUGGUCUAUUAUUCCGCCAAUGAACAUGCAACGUUCCGAUGCCAGUGCCUGCACCUUGCGAGGGCGCAUUUACGCUGCCGGAGGCUUCAACGGCCAGGAGUGCCUAGACAGCGCUGAGUUCUACGAUCCGAUAUCUAACACUUGGACAAGAAUAGCCAACAUGAAUCACCGUCGGUCCGGCGUAAGUUGCGUAGCCUUCAGAAACCAGCUGUACGUCAUUGGUGGUUUCAAUGGUACAGCUCGCCUGUCUACUGGAGAACGCUUUGAUCCGGACUCACAAUCCUGGCACUUCAUCCGUGAAAUGAACCACUCGCGCAGCAACUUUGGGCUGGAGAUUAUUGACGACAUGAUCUUUGCUAUCGGCGGAUUUAACGGCGUCUCGACCAUCUCGCACACCGAAUGCUAUGUUUCGGAAACCGACGAGUGGAUGGAGGCGACAGACAUGAAUAUUGUUCGCUCCGCUCUUUCCGCCAAUAAUGUUGCUGGUCUGCCCAACAAGCGAGAUUAUAUACACAAGGAGCGUGACCGCCUGAUGGAGGAGCGAAGACAGCGUCUUAUGGCCACUGCUAUGGCCCGGGAGGAGAUCGGACAACGUAAUCUCUCACAGUCGUUAGUGGAAACAAAUAAUAUGGCCAUGGAUGACUACGAAAGUCCCAACGAAGAGGAAGAGGCUGAAGAGGAACAGCAACUAGCACAGCAGCGACAGAUCAUACCUAUCCCUGCUGUACCUCCUGGCGCGGCCGCACGUUCCGAUCCAGGGCUUGCUCUUCAGCCGCCAGCCCAACCUCAGUCAGUUGCCCCAGUUCACCUCAACGAUAUAAUGGAGGUUCGCGAUACGGACAACAGUCGGCGCUUUCGUGUGCAGCUGCGUAAUCAGCGUCAUGGUUCGCAUCAUGAAAUUCGUCGUCGCGCCUAAGCGUCGACAAGCACACGCUUUAUAGAGCUCUGCCUUAAUAUGAUGUUGUGCUAAAGUGGGAAACGUCAUUUCAGCCUAAAGUUCUUGCAGCGUAGCGCAUGUCCGAUAAGCCCGUUUUUCGAUAGCUCUCUAAAAUCAAAACGUCGUGCGUUGGCCAAGUCGCAGCCCAUUUUCGAAUCCCCCCUUUGGAAAAAUAUUAAAUAAACAAUUUUUCAGGUGAUUGACACAUCUUCAACCAAAAUUAAAGUUUAUCCAAAUUCCACAAAAUGUACAUCAAAAUUUUUCGCAUUUUAAAUAAAUCCUCUAUACAUAUAAGCUGAAA